UUGUCGCACCCUGAUGACGCAGAAGCGUUUCAGGGAGUGCGACUGAUGUGGAAGAAACAGUGAGAGAGUGGUUGUGUUUCUUUAUUUUGAUCAGACUCUUCAGCGCCUGGAUGUUUGGACCAUAAAAGUCUCCCAAAUUUUUGGAUUUACUGUAAAUACUGCAAACACAUUGCAGUGAUGGCGGCAGAGGAUGAAAUCAAUCUGCUCGUCGUCGUCGUGGAUGUGAACCCCAUAUGGUGGGGCCAGCAAGCUCAGCGUGAGCCAGGGUUCACCCUCUCCAAGUGUAUGGAUGCUGUCAUGGUGGUGGGAAACUCCCACAUGGCCAUGAGCAGGACUAACAAACUGGCUGUCAUCGCCAGCCACUGUCAAGACAGUUACUUCCUCUACCCCAGUAAAAGCUGGAGAGCCGGUGACAGUGGUGGGGAAGACGCGUCGUCCAGUGGAGACGGAAAGUACGAACUCCUGGCGGUGGCCAAUAACCUUAUUGCUGAAGAGAUCAAGAAUGUUAUGGCAAACGCUGAAGUGAAGGGAAAUUCAACAGAUACUCUGUUGGCUGGGUCUCUCGCCAAAGCUCUCUGCUACAUUAACAGGGUCUCAAAGGAUCUGGAAGUCGGACAGGAGAUUAAAUCGAGAAUAUUGGUGAUAAAAGCAGCUGAGGACUGCGCCCGUCAGUACAUGAACUUCAUGAAUGUGAUAUUCGCUGCCCAAAAGCAGAGCAUCCUGAUAGAUGCUUGUGUGUUGGACUCAGAGUCAGGUCUACUUCAGCAGGCUUGUGAUAUAACUGGAGGAUUGUACCUGAAGAUACCACAGAAAGCAGCCCUGGCACAGUACCUUUUGUGGGUGUUCCUGCCUGACUCCGAGCAGCGUUCACAGCUGGUGCUGCCACCGCCUGCACACGUGGACUACAGAGCUGCGUGUUUCUGCCACCGUAACCUCAUUGAAAUCGGUUAUGUUUGCUCAGUUUGUCUCUCAAUUUUCUGCAACUUCAGCCCCAUUUGUACAACGUGCGAGACUGCCUUCAAAAUCCAACUACCACAGAUGGUCAAGCCCAAAAAGAAGAAACUCAAGCAAGCCAUGUGAAUUUAGUUUGUAUUUAAAUUAAGAAUAGACUAUUUUGUUGGUUUAGAUUUGUAAGAAUAUUAAGAGAGGUCCUAGAAACCUCUCUGAGGCAGUGGAGCCUCAUGAACAUGUUGAGUUGACCAACAUUGACUCUUGAGAUAUGGAUGGGCGCCGGUACUUCACUCAAAGUUUUUCAAAUAGUAUCUUAUAGUCAAUUAUAAAACAUGCACUCAAACAUGUGGCCCAUGUUUACAUUUCUACUCAAGUCUUAAUUAUUUUGUUCAUAUAGCUAGAAAUUGACAAAGUCUGCAUGUAAAUAGAGGAGUUGUUGCUUUUGAAAGAAAAAAACUUUUUAUAAUAAAGGCAGAUUUUGUUCU